AUGGAACGCUACGAACCUUAUUUAGAAGAAGAAUUACCGCAACCUUCAGCACAGAAUAUAGUUGAUGAGGAGGAACUUUUGGCUGCACAAGCAGCGGCCGAGGCAGCCGCAGCACAGCAACUGCAACAGCCUGGAGGAGCGUUCAAUAAUGUGGGGCAAGGUCUUACUGGUAGAUAUAGGGAUAUGAUGAUGCAAUAUUGGCAAGAAACCAUUAAUUCCAUUGAACAUGAUGAGCAUGACUUUAAAAAUCAUCAACUUCCCUUGGCCAGAAUUAAGAAAGUGAUGAAGACUGAUGAAGACGUUCGAAUGAUUAGUGCUGAAGCACCAAUUUUGUUUGCUAAAGGGUGUGAUGUUUUCAUCACUGAACUUACCAUGAGAGCUUGGAUACACGCAGAGGAACAUAAGCGUAGAACGUUACAGAAAUCAGAUAUUGCUGCAGCCUUAACCAAGAGUGAUAUGUUUGAUUUUUUGAUUGAUGUAGUACCACGAGAAGAGGAAAAACCAAAGAAAUCUUACACUACACAAUCCCGUACGGGGAGUUAUAUUAAUUCACCUACUCAUUUUAAGAGUAGUUCGACUACAGUUCCUCAGAGAAGUAUUCCAGGCAUACCAUCUGGAGAUCUUUCUAAAACCAAUGAUGUUACAUCUGAUCAAUAUCUGCAACAACAGCAACAAAAUCUCUUACAACAACAUUUACUUCAACAGCAAAUGUUACAUCAACAACAUCUUCAACAACAACAAGAGCAAGAACAGGAGCAGCAACAACAAAAUCAAAACCAACCACAAACUCAACCACAGAAUCAAAAUCAAGUUUCACAUGACAUCAAUCAUAAUCAUAUUCAUAACCAGAAUCAAGGCCAACCUCAACAUAUUCCUACAUUAACCCAGCAAGGACUGGUGGUACAGACACAACCACAGAGUCAACCACAUGAUCCUGAAAUGAAACCAAAAGUGGAAGAGACUGAAAAUAUUCCUUAUUCAGAAAAGGCACCAGUUGAUUCCGAGGGAGACAAUUACACUGGAUUUCAAAAUUUCAAUCCAGUAGAGUAUGAUGACUUCAGUUAG